CAUUGCAACUCAUUACACAAUAUUUUUUUUAUUGCCGAUCUUGUGAUUAUUAUCUCAUUUUAUCUUCAUCCUUGUGUCGAAACAGUGAAAAAAAGGGAUGCUGCCACAAUGACCAAGUCAUUGAUAAAGCUGGUGGUUGGGCUUGGGAACUACAGCUUGCCUACAACGAGGCAUAGUGUUGGCAUGUCCGCGUUGAAUAAACUAGCAGACCAUCUCGGAGUGAAGUGGGUAUACGAAAAGCGAUGUUCUGGUUUUAUAGCAAAUUACCUUAGUGAGAAAUUUCAAGUUGUCCUUCUGAAACCAAAGCUUGCGAUGAACAUUAAUGGGAAGAGUAUACUUAAAGCAGUGAAGACCCAUGGUGUGCUUACAGAUAACAUAAUAUUAUUGCAGGACGAUCUUGAUAAACCUGUUGGAAAACUGCGUAUCAAAUUAGAAGGAAGUGCAAGUGGUCAUAAUGGAGUGCGAUCAGCCAUAACUUCUUUGAAAACUGAUAGGCUGAAAAGAUACAAAAUUGGAAUAGGCCGACCUCCUGAUCAAAGUCAAGUCAUCGAAUACGUUUUAGGAGAUUUUCACGCGAAUGAACGACAUUUGGUUGAAGAGACUUUAAAACACUGUGUUGAUUCAUUGUUAGACGAAUUGGAACUUAAAGAUAAAUUAUGCAACGAUAAUGAAGAAGUUGAUGCACAAAAUUGUAACAAGCAGAUGUUUUUUCGAUCAGAAACAAACAGCUUAGAGUGCGAAAAAGAAGUCACAUCAUAGAUUGUUCUUUUUAUAUUUUUGCUACUUUGUCUUGCUUAGAAUAUAUAACAACUGUAGAUAAACGUGUUGUGUUUAUUCUAUGAAUCUGUUUCUUGGUUUUUUUGGUUAAGUAGUUUUUCAACGUGAUGAAGGAAAUUCUUUUGAGAUUUCAAACGCCCCUCUCCCCUCCUUCCCUCCCUUUCCAUGACUUCGUUAACUGCCAAACAUUAAUUCUGCGGCGAAUUCCUUUUCUAGUAUUUUGUAGCUUUUUGUUAAUUCUUGAAUAUUAUCUUUCUUUGUUUGCCUAACCUUUAAAUUUUGUUACCCGUCUUUCAGCCGCAACACUCUUUUUGUUUGUAUUAUUGUACCUAAACAUUUCUAUCGUCUCCAUAGGCCGCGAUUAUUUUUUCUCCCGUUUAUACUUUGCAAACCAAGGAUUUAAACUUUCUGUUUCCCUUAGGACAUUAUUCAUCUUUUAUCUUCUGAGCAGGUUUAAGUCGUCUUUUAUCCCCUGUGCAGUUGUGGGCGAAAGGACAUUACUCGUAUGUUAUCCUCUGAGCAGUCUGGGCGAAAGGGAUCAUUUGUCUUCUAUCCUCUGAGCAGUUUUAGGCGAAAGGACAUUAUUCGCCUUUUAUCUUCUGCCUUUAAUCCUCUAAGAAGUUUUAGGCAAAAGGACAUUAUUCGCCUUUAAUCCUCUGAGAAGUUUUGGGUGAAAGAACGUUAUUCGUCUUUUAUCCUCUAAGAAGUUUUAGGCGAAAGGACAUUAUUUGCCUUUAAUCCUCUAAGAAGUUUUAGGCGAAAGGACAUUAUUCGCCUUUAAUCCUCUAAGAAGUUUUAGGCGAAAGGACAUUAUUCGCCUUUAAUCCUCUAAGAAGUUUUAGGCGAAAGGACAUUAUUCGCCUUUUAUCCUCUGAGCAGUUUAAGGCCAAAGGACAUUUUUCAUCUUUUAUCCUCUGAGCAGUUUUGGGCGAAAGUCACCCUUGUAUGACGUCUUUCCUCUUCUCCGUGCUUUUUUGAAACCCAUGUGUAUAAAAAACGAUUGACACCAUGUAUUGAGUAUCGCGAUAGUAUUUUCGUUGCACUUACAGUAGCCGGUAAUCACACUUUGGGAGUCAAUUAAGGGUUUCACCAAAUUACAAACAUUACUCAAUAAGAGAAUUUCUUAUCCCGGGUGCCACUGUGAUCCCCAAACUCUUCCCACCAACGUCUUUUACUGCUGCCAUUUAACUUGAAUUGAGAGAUAUCAAGUUCGGCUAAGAAAACGCAUCAGCAACCAUUUCUAGCAGAAACUGAAAAGGUACAAUUUGGAAGUGCAGGAAAUUAGGAAUGCGAUUUCCAAAACCAAGUCUUCAAAGAGCUUUGUGAAUGACAAUAUCUCCUGCUAUUUUCUAAAACUGGUCUUACUUCACAGUCAGAAUGCUUUGGCCUGUUUGUUCAAUACAUCACUUGAAACUAACACUUUUCCAGAUUCAUGGAAAUUGGCCAGAGUUACCCCAAUUUUUAAAGAAGGGGACAAAACUGAUAAGUCUAACUAUCGCCCUAUAUCAGUUUUAGCUGUCAUCUCAAGGCUCUUCGAAAGACUUGUGACUAACCAAUUGUACCAGCACAUGAAUGAUAAUGUAUAUUUAUCCCCAGAAUAGUCUAGCUUUCGUAAACUUCACUCUACCGUAACAUGUUUGCUUAAAAACACUGAUGACUGGUAUAAAGGACUAGAUUUGGGGAAGCUAGUGGGAUUAGUUUUUAUUGACCUGAAAAAGGCAUUUGACACGGUUGACCAUGGUAACUAUGCAAAAAGCUGGAGUUUUAUGGUAUUCAGCAACAGCCAUUAGAAUGGUUUGAAUCAGAGUCAGUAUUUCGCUAUUGUUGUUCGGUGUGGGGCUGUUGUGGUCACACCGAAAUCAAACGCUUACAAAAACUACAAAACCGGGCUGCUCGUAUUGUAUCUGGCAGCAGUUUUGAUGCACCGAGCCAACCACUCAUAAAGGAGCUGGGCUGGAUGACCAUAGACGAGCUAAUCGCUAAUGAGUCAAAUAUCAUGGUCUUCAAAUCGAUUCAUGGACUGGCUCUACAAUACAUGUGUGAUCUUUUCACAGAGAAAUCCAAGUUAAAUUCGAAAAACUCCAAAAAUGGACAGAAAUGCUUCUCGUUUAGAGGUGCUAGGUCUUGGAAUGGCCUUUCAGCUGAGUGUAAACAGGCAUCUACCUUGACCAACUUCAACAAAAACCUUGCGAAAUUGUAAAUAGGAGUAAUUGUAAAUUGUAUACUGGAAAUUACCAUUUCGCCUUUCGUUAUAGAUAUUUGUAGUAAAAUUUAACUCAAGUUAAAAUAGGAUUUUUUUAGAUUGUAAAUAUUGAAUUAUAAUUAGCAUAAUUUUUUUUAUAAUAAUUUCUGUAAGUAUUUAAAGUGGAGGGCCCCUUGAAAAUCAGCAUUGCUGAAGGGCUACCCUCAUUAAACAUUUUAAAUAAAAUGAAUGAAAAUGAAAUGAAAUGAAUAGGCCGCCCACCUGAAGUCGACUCAUCGAAUACGUGUAGAAGAUUUUCACACGAAUAAACAACAUUUAGUGAAAGAGACUUUAAAGUACUGAGUUGAAUCAUUGUUAGAUGAUUUUUAACUUAAAGAUAAAUCAUGUAAUUGUAGUAAAGAAGUUAUUGCCCAAAACUUUGAGCUUAAUCAUAACAGCUUAUUAAACAUCCUUUUACUUUGGAACCUGCAGCUUGAAUUCGGUUUCAUACAAAUAAAGGCACGAUCAAAUGUUCCUUACUUGAUUCGUGUCUCGCUUACAACUGCUAUAGAAGAAUUGAAGCAUGCAAAUAUAGCCAACUGAAAACCAACCGAGCUUUCUGUUUUGAAAAUGUCUACAAAAUAUGAAUGCGUUUUGGCUGCAUCACUUCAAAAGUUUGUUCUUAGCGAUCAAAAUGACUUUAGGUGUUUUCAACUGUUGUUAGGUUAUGACUGUGCAUAAAAAUAACUUUGGCUAACUUGGAACAAACAGUGUAUAAUUUGCAACAUUAUUGAGCAGUUUCCUCUUCGAAAAUCAGAGAUAAUAUAUGUUCAUGUUGACCUAUCACACACCUUGUAAUAUAGUAAGAUCUGUCUGACCAUUUGCUCAGUCGAUCAUUGAUUAAAUCUAAUUAUUUAGCACUCUUUCCGAUUCAUAAGGGACAGGCAUAGAUUCGGAACGUGGACCUCUUUGCAUGUUGGAACAUAACACGUUCAAAGACUGUAGUCCACGCGUAGUCUUGAUGUUACAUGUAUGUAUAGGUAUUUUGUAGUUCAAUAAAUUUAGACCGAUGGAUGUAGGAAACCAGCUCGUGUUUUUCAAUAAUGAUGUAUACGGUUUGGUCAAUUUUAGUACAAGAACCACCAGAACGGUUUGUCAUUAGUCAUGGCUACCUUUCUGUCGUACUUCAUAUUAAAGCCUGUUUAUGUCUCUAUCAAUGCGUCAUGUUAUUGCAAUCAAAAUAGUGUGUCACCUGACUUCGUCUUCAACUGUAUGGACGCAUCUCAUCUCGAGCAAGUGCUAGCAUUGAAAUCCUUAUAUGGAAAAAUCGUCAUACUUCAACUAUGCCGGCAGGUACCUCAUGCUUGUUAGCCCAAUGUAGUAUGACUUCACGGACGACAAAACAGGACACUUGCAUUUGUUCCUGUCAUAUUGUUGCUUAAAAGAAGGGGGUAAAGGAGGGUUCUCAGCACGUUACACAAUAAACUGAAAUAGGUUUUCACGACGAAAAUGUGAUAGAGGCUGAAGAACAGCCUCGUAUUUGGAUUUUCAUGUCCGACCAUUUGUCUGGAUUUUCACUUUCGCGUGCUUUCUUUUCAUUCGAAUGUCAUCUAUUCGUAAGGCUUUCCGUUAAUUUAGACAUUUGACAACAAAAAAUUUCACGUUUAAUGUAUUUGAAGUCCUCCUUUAUCACGACAUUGCUAUAGUUAAUCCUUCUUUCUUGGAGGAUAUCUUUACUGAAAAGCACAGUACUUAUGGAUUAAGAAGCUGCCACAAUCUACUACUGCCACAAACAUGCACUAUGUGCUAUGGUUUAGAGACGAUAUCGGUUCUAGGGAGUAGAUUGUGGCAGGCACUCCCCAAUGACAUGAAACAAUCAGAUACCCUCUCCAGCUUUAAAAGGAGAAUAAAAUCUUGGAAAGGAGAGGAAAGCAAUUGUAGACUGUGUAUACCUUUCGUGGCUUAGGUUGGGUUCUUGAACUGAUAAAUGUAUUGUAUUGUAAAUGCCAAAAAAUGCUGAAAAAUUGUUGUAAAAUAUGUAUAUAUGUAUUUAUACUUACUUGUUUCUUAUGUUAGAUAUAUAUGUAUUUUUAUUUUCUAUUUUCAAACAAUUUUUCUUUGUAGUAGGCUUGAAUUAGCUUUUAUUCUGUAGCUAUUUUUAUACGCCUACUUUAAAUAAACAGAUAAAAAUAAUGAUAAUAAUAGUGGCGUUCCGAAGGUUCUUUAUUAUGCAGCAAAGUAAAUUUUUGAACAGGUUCACUAUUACCGACAGACCGAGAUCUCAGAUUCAUGUUUCACCGACAAGCCAACAAGUUAGGGCAGAGCUGUAAUGAAGGGAUUGUCGAAACUUCUCACCACCUAUUUAGUGUUGCCCUGUUUUUUAGUUAGAGAUGUCGAUGUAUGUCGAUGACUUAAAUAAGCUAGCAAAAGAUAUCUAUUGUGCCCAGAUCUGCGUAACUUUUCUUACAAUUAGUUGCUAGCAUGUAGAGUUCCGGCGAGGAUUAUUUCAUUAUAACUACUACCAUGAGUCAUUCAUAUAGCGUAAAUUUAGUGCAAGAGUCACUUUUAUCUUAACUUUUGACCACAUAAGCCUUUGAAAAAUUGACUAAUGAUUACGUUUAGAAAUUAGUGUUGCCGAUUGGUCAAAAACAAGCAGCUAAUGAACCCUUUAUUAUUUUUCCCGCGUUACUUUCAUCCAAAUCUGGAUAUAAAUCAUGUAAAAUUUGCCUACCUUUAGUUAUGCGACGUUAAUAGUCUGAAGAGUGACGCACGAAAAGCAAUUAAGUGUGCCACUUUUUCAAUUUUGCUUGCUAUUUUAAAAGUUAUCGGUUAAGAAACAGAGUGCUUCAGUGCUGUAACUCCUAAGCCUCCAAAAUUGAUGUUGUCUGACCAGAGCUAGUACAAGCGACCUAUCUACACAAGAAAAACGCAACUUGGCAAUUUUCUUUGUUUUUAUAAAGAAUCCUGCUAGAAUUGUUAUUGACACCCAGUACUUUACAUGCUCAUUAACAGUAAAUUAAUCAGAAAAGACAAGGAGUUUGUAUUGCACUUUUUGUCUAUCGAAAAUAUUCUCUAUUCUAACAAUGUAACACAUGAAUUGUUAUUUAGUUUCAAUAUCGGUAUAUCGUUAUAUAUACACAAAAUGCAAUUGAAAUUUAUUCAAUCAACUGCUCAUCCCAUUCUAGCAUAUUGGGAUUAGAAGAAGACCUGUCCAUUUUUGAAAAAAAUAUUUAGAGUUUGAUGUUUUCAACCUUCAAGUUCUUCCUUCUUUGUGAAAGAUUAAGAAUUAGUUUGGUGUCUUUGCCUCUCUUUUCUUUAUCCAAAUAGCACUUUUUUUCUUGAAUCAGCUGAUCCAAUGCUCUUUCUAAUUCUUGGAUUUUGGCUCCAUAAUUAAUAUAACGCUUAAAUCUUUGUUCUUUUUUGUCAUUCUAGAAUUGAUUCAUGGAAUUUCCAACCAACAAAGCAUCUUCUUUGUCAUGAUCAUUUUGACUUCAGGGGGCAAAAAUGGCCUCUAGUAGAAAUGUUUUCUUCAAGAAGAUUUAGAGCAUUUCUUUGACGUGUUCUUGCAAGAAGUUUUCUCCCUGCACCAUCUGCAUGUAUUGUCAUCAAUUGUGCAAUCAAAGGAUUAUUUUUCCUUGUUCUUUGCAAAUCACAAAAUCAUUUGCAGCUAUUUCUUCCAUCUAUUGAGCAAAAUGAACUCCAUUGUAAUGUCUCUUUUGCAUUUUUACAUCCAGGAACUGAAUAUUUUCAUCAGAAGAAGGUGCAUGGGUGAAAGUGGGCAUGCUCUUUAGGUUGUCCUACAGCGAAGCAUUUGCCGCAGUAAAAUGCAUUUGCCACGGCUAUAGCAGAGCCCACAAUUAACAAAACGAUAGCAAUCACUAGCAUCUUUGUGUAAUUUUGUUUGCAAGCUGUGGUCCUUUCAUCUAGUUCUUCAAGGCUAUUGCUUUCCGGGAUGAUUUGCGUAGAACCAAAUUUUAAGAUGUUAGGAGUGUUGCUUACUUUCCUGAAUUUGCACAUUAAAUUUACCUUGCUCCAGAAAAGUUUGAUACAAAAUUGCGUAUACAAACUAUCUUCGUAUCUAGUGUUAGCAAUGAUCGCAAAUCGAUUGUAGAGGCAGUCUACACACAGUACGCUGCUCUCUUUUUUACAACUGGGGGACAAUUGAGUCAUAUUAAGCUAGUUAUCAAAAAUUUCAUCAAUGGACUCCUUUUUCAAUGUCCAUUCAAAUGGAAGCGGUUUCAGAUUUGACAACAACUGCGCAUCCCUACUUUGUGCCGCAAGGUGGAUAAAUAGAUGCAACCUGCCAUUUUGAUCAGGUUGUCGACAUUUAUAUCCCAGGACUCUUUAUAUUACAGGUUAUCAAGCAGAUAACCUGUAAUCUCUAACUGAAGCGUGCUGUGUAACCUCUGUUUGAGUAAUGUCUAGACAUCACGUAUAGAUGAGACUCCCUUGCUUUGACCGAACUCAGCAAGGAGCAUUUUUGUACUUAGAAGAAAGAAGUAGCUUGUAUUUUACCUGUGGGUGCCAGUGGAGGACACUACAAAUUGGUUGUUUGCACCGCCAGAAUCCCACAGUAUCUAUUUCUUAUACACACUCUAGUAUUUUGGUGUAGCAUGACAAACAUUUCUUUUAAGCCUCGCGUGUUAGUUAGCAGUCAAAUGAAUUUAAAACACAAAGUUUAGGUCUCGUGUACGAGGUCAAGUCAUUUAAACCUCAUGGUUAAUCAGACUUUUUGUACCUGAAGUAAGGGACAUAUCAUAUAUCAUAUCAGUUGGCUUCUUUUGUAUGACAAACAGCAAAAUCUGUAGACAGUUCUACACAUAAAUGAUCUAAAGUUGUGGAGAGAUGAAAAGGUUUCAUAAGAUUAGCAGGCAUUCUCCCUUUACUGUUGCUUAAUUGCUCCGAAGUUAUUCCUCGGAGUUUGAUCGGAUAGGCCUAGCGGGUAGUGCAAUCUCAGUAUCUUUCCUAAUAGAUCAUAAAAUAUAACCAUGUCGCGCAAAAGUGUAUAUAAACAGAAGGUCCGAGCACUGAUUCAAGUUCUGUUUCUUCUGUCUUUUUCUGCAUCGAUUUCAGGCUACUAAAGUUAAUCAAAACGUUUUCUAGAGACCCAUUACCUGUUUUAUGAUGUUCUUUAAGAUAGUCGAAAUAGUCUCUCUAUGCUCUACGCUAUGAUUGCUUAUGAUCUGAACUCACCAAUAAGUGACUAAAAUGACAUCAUAUCUAUUUCCAUAUUCGAAGGUGCAAUUGGAAUUUUUGUGAAAUUACUUCCCAACAUACAAUGGCUUGCAUUAUAUAUGAAGGCAUGAAUAGAAAAUGGCAACUCAUGCUUACGAGAUUAAUAUUUCAUUAGAGAUUUUUGUUUCUGGAUGUAAACCUCUGUGCCACCAUGAAUGAUGCACGUUUUGGGACAAUACACAAAGUUUGCUGGCAGGAACGCUUUAAGUACAAGCAACAAAGCUCAAAGCGAGUUUAAUUGAAAAAUAUUCUGGCCGAGUAUGAUCGAAGUUCUUAUCGUUUUGGUUGGUUUGGUCGCAGGCUCACUUCUCGUAGUCCAAGGCUGCGUCAUGCGCCAGUGUUUUUUAGCUGGGCAGCCGAGGGAAUGUGCACAUUUCAAUAAUCAAUUGUUGACUGAGUAAACAGCUACAUGUAGGAGUAUCGAGAGAACAUUCUAGAACAUGAACAUUGACGUAUUGUUGUACAUGCACUCACGUUGUAUAAAGACACAAGUAAGCGAACGCGUUCUUUGCAAGGAGGAUUCAGCAGAUGGAAUGGACGCCGUCUUGGCGUUCCAAAGUGUUGAUGCUUUCAAAUGGCAAGCCACACUCACUGCAACACCAUAUCUACCCGAUGUUAAAGGAAAUGCAGUGAAAACUUGAAAGAUAAUCAAGGUAAAGAAUGAAACAUUUCAUUUACUGGAUCAGCACCUGCAAGAAGAGAACUUAGAAUAUUUAAUCAUUAAUCUACGACACAAGUAGUGACAUUGCAGACCUGGCAAAUAUUUCCUUCUUCUGAUGCAUUUGGACAAGCUUAUUUGUUGACCAAAUUUGCGGAACAUAACUGUAUCAAUCAUGCCGUUGUACUUUCUACUGGCCGUUGUUGGUGUUUUUGUAGUUUGCACUUGCAUCCAAGCGUAUAUUCUACUUAAAUGUUCCUGUCUAAACAAAAGGGCCUGCACAGUGCCCAACAGAUGCAACCCAAACAACGCAUUUCCGUUGUCUUGAAAAACAACCACAAUAACUCAAUUUAAAAAUGGACACUACUGUAUCGUGUAUAUAGGAUUCAUAAUUUUGUAUUGGUGAUAAUGUUAUUUCUCACAUAUUUUCCUUUCCUAUGGAAAUGUUUACGAAUAUAAAACAUCAAUUCCCUUGACCGAAGAUUAAAGUUUUCACGUAUAAUACUUUAUAAAUGCUAGGCUGAUUUCAAACCUUACUCAAACAUACAAUAUUUCAUAAUGGUAGCUUUGCAUUUCCUAUGAAUGGAGAGGAAAAUUAAUAUGUGUACUUUAUUUAUCAAAUUUAAUCUUAAUUUUCAGAAUUUCUCAUAAUUUGCAUUUGUAUAAUAAGAUUCUCUUUUGGUAUUUUAGAUUGUUGUAAAAAAAGGUUUUUGUAUUUUUUAUGUUCUUGAAUGAUCUCUCGAUCUGAAAUUGAAUGAGUGGCAUAUUAGAAAUUGUUGUUAUCCACCAUUUUGCUAAUAUAUUUAGAUUUUCAUGCAAAAAAUGAAGAAUUGGAUAAAAGCAAUUCGCCAAAGAUAUGGUUAAUCUUGAAAAUUCAGUGACAAAUAUGUCGUAGAAUUUUUGCCAAUACUGCAAUGUACACCUGGAAUUUUCUUCAAAGUUAUUUUGGUUAAACUCAACUUCUAAAAUGCCUCUCGUUCAAAAAAUUGUAGAUUAAUUUUUGGAAUGGCGUUUUCUAUUUUCGCUAUAUAAUACUAGCACAGCGCCUUUAGAAUUUUUUGAUAGCGCUCAAGAACAGUGACUCAAAAAAAUGAAACAUUCUGUAUGGUUUUGUGAUCAUUUUCUUCAUUGUUAGAAAAAUAGAUAUCAUGAUAGGCUUACAAUUGUUUAGAGUUUUGAACAAUUUUGUUGCUAAAAAAAGACACAUCAGAACGAUCAGGCAUGAGGAUAGAAAACGCCUUUUCAAUUAUCAAAGAAUUUAUACCUUAUCAUGACAUGUAUAAUAAGGUGUUGAUUUAAUUGCAUUGCAUACAUUAGUCAUUUUA